AUGAGCACUUCCUUGCCUGAUAAUUCGGGAGAACAUUUAGCUAGCUCGGAUGGGGGAAAAAAAAAAAAGAAAAAAACACGCCAUGUAAAGGAUGAUGGGGAUGUUAAGCAGUGCCCCACAGGUGGUUCCCCUGUGGAGGAGGCAACAAAAAAGAGGGAAAGAAAAAGGGAAAAAAAAGAAAAAAAAGGAAAUUUCCAAACUACACCAAAUAGCCCAAAUGUCGAAACCAGUGAAAGUAGCCCGAAUGGCCCAAACAACAUUGGAGCCAAUGAAGGCGCAGGGGACCGAUAUGGGAAGGAACAGGACGAACAAAUCGUUGAGGUCGAAGAGGCAGCUGACGUAAAGACACGAAUAGAGGUCCCCAGUGAGGAUCCACACACAAAUCAAAGCGUUGAAAAAAAAAAGAAAAAAAAGAAGAAAAAGAAAAAGAAGAAAGGGGAAGGUGACGAGGAAGAUGCUCAUGAGGAAGCUGAAGAAGAAAGACAAAUGUCAACAGCGCAGGAGGUGACGAAAAAAAAAAUGGAGCCACAACACGAAGUACACAUAAACAAAGUGAAGAGCGAAACAAAUAAUGCAAAAGAUGUCUUGUCAAAUGGGGAGAAUAACGUUGAAGAUGGAGCUCCAGGGACAGGAGGACACAUUGUAUGUGAGGGAGACCUUGCACAGGGUACUACGACAAGUACAACCCACAAAGGCAAUAACGAGAGUGCAGAAAUAAAAUCUACCAGUGAGGAAAUGAAAGGAGGAAGAGACAAUUGUAGACUCCAUAGUAGCAGUUCCAGUUGUGGUAGUGAUGCACAUGAGCAGGCGCAGGUAAAACGUAACCAAGGGGAUACACAACUGAACGAAGCAGAGAAUCAUGUUGGUCAAAAAAAGGAACAGGAAUCACAAAGUGCAGGAGUAGAAUAUCACAAACAAGAAAAAGAAAAUAGGGACAUUUCGGAAGGAGAGCUAAAUGGCGAGGGACAAUGUGAACAGGGCGCACUCGUCGAAAUGGAGGCCAUGCAUAGUUUAAGGGAUAGCGAGAAAAAAGGGGAAGAGCGGAAAAGGAAAAAUAAGAAAAAAAAAGAGGGUCCCAGGAAGCGCGAGUCCAAAAGGAACAGAAGGGCGAAAGGUAAAGUGGGCUCGACGGAGGGCAAAACGAACGAGGCUGAUAACGAGUCCGAGCCGGCAAAAGAAAAAUCUACUGAAAAAAACGAAGAACUGCUUGUCGGAGCAGCGGGCGAAGUUGAAGGAAGCGUGGAAUACGCAACUGACUCAAUCGCCAGGAUUAUUAGCACGAAGGAGAGCGAUUCAAACGGAGGGGCAACGCCCAGAGGAGGCUCCUUACAAAAAAUGUGCCUUUCAAACGGUGUGAAACAUCUAGGUAUAAAUGGAGCUCUUCCAUUGUGCGUUAAAUGUUCAGCACUGAAUGAGGAUGUGCGCGCAGCUGAUUAG